AGUUUUUGUAUUUGCAUUUUAGAACAUAUUCUAUGGCAAAACAAUCUGCUUUGGAUCUCGUCUUCAAUGUGAGAAGACAAAAGCCGGAGCUUAUAUCUCCGGCGAAGCCCACUCCUCAUGAAGUCAAGUUUCUAUCUAACAUUGAUUGCCAAGAAUUCUUACGAACCCAAAUUCCAUGCAUACAUUUCUCUAGUCACAAGUCUUCUAUGGCUGGAAAAGACCCCGCCAAAGUCAUUAGAGAUGCAUUGGCUAAUGCUCUUGUAUUUUACUAUCCACUUGCAGGAAGACUCAGGGAAGGUGAAGGUGGCAAAAUCGUAGUAGAAUGUAAUGGAGAAGGAGCGAUGUUCAUUGAAGCUGACGCUGAUAUCACUCUUCAACAGUUUGGUGAUGAUCUUCAACCUCCCUUUCCAUGUUUCGAAGAUCUACUUUACUCUCCUCCUGGUUCUGACAAAAUCCUUUACUGUCCCAUCUUGCUUAUACAGGUGACACGACUUAAGUGUGGGGGUUUCAUCUGUGGGAUUCGCGUGAAUCACAUUAUAUGUGAUGGAUAUGGUUUUCUCCUAUUCAUGAAAACCCUCUCUGAGAUGGCAAAUGGUGCAACUGAGCCUCUGAUUCUGCCUGUGUGGCACAGAGAACUCCUAAAUGCAAGAGACCCGCCAAACAUUACAUGCAAACAUCAUGAGUACGAUGAAGUGAUCGAUGCCACGAACUCUUCAACAAACAUAGUUCAUCGCUCUUUUUUCUUCGGACCAACUGAGGUUUCUUCCCUUCGUAGAUUACUCCCUGACCACCUAAGACAAUCGUCCUCCUCAUUUGAGGUUAUCACGGCAUGUCUCUGGCGUUGUAGAGCAAAAGCUUUACAAGUAGAUCCACACAAAGAAGUUCGCAUCAUGGUUGUCGUCAAUGGACAUUUUAGACGUAAUGGAUUAAACCCUCCAUUAUUACCUAAAGGUUAUUAUGGCAAUGCUAUUGUGUUUCCAACUGCAAUUUCAACUAUUGGUAAGCUUUGUGAGAGUCCUUUAGGGUAUGCCUUGGAGUUGGUGAGGAAAGCAAAAGCAGAAGUGAAUGAUGAGUAUUUUCACUCUGCGGCUGAUCUGAUAGCUACUAGAGGACCAACAUGUUCUUGGACUAUGCUAUCAUGUAUGGUAUCGGAUUUGAGUAGUCUUAGAUUUAGAGAUGUUGAUUUUGGUUGGGGUAAGGCAGUGUAUGCUGGUCCUGCAAAGAGUGGACUUGAUACAUUUCAAGGACUAAUUUUUUAUGUUGGACAUGCCAAUAGUAAAGGAGAGGAAGGUAGGAUUGUGCCUGUUUGCUUGCCACCUGAAUGCAUGGAGAGAUUUGCCAAAGAGUUGGAUCUUAUACUUAAUGGUGUUCAAUGGCAGAUCCAAGAAUCAACAAGUGUGAAAUCUAAAAUCUAAAAUAAAUCAAUUUAGGAGGUGCCAAUAAUUGUAUUUCAAUAUAUUUUCCAAAAAAAUUAGAAAGUUAAUGUUUGCGAUGUAUAUGUACAUUUUUUAAGUGUUUUGGGUGGGAUGGUGUAGGGUAGUUACGCUUGGGGGGUGGGGGAAUGUUUGUGAAGUUUAUGUUUAUGUGCUGUGCUGUUUGUGUGCACCCACAUGCCCCAGCGGAAGCAUGUACAAGAAUAAGUGUGAGGGCUAAAAAUAUGUAAAAUAAAUCAAAUUUGGUGAAGCCAAAUUGAAUUUAAAGUUA